AUGCCAUGUUCUUGGUAUUGUUGUAUUUAUCGAUGUUGCUGUUGUCAAUGCAAGAGUAAUGCCGAUGGAUUGGAGAAUGGUGUUGGUGGAAACAAAUCUUCUGGAAGACAAUGGGAUAAUUAUAUAGAUUCACGAUAUGAUACAUUAACUGGUUCUCUGAUUGUUGCCUGGGAAGAAAGUGAAACAUGCUUCGAAUACAUACAUCGAUCUCUUCAUAUCCUCAGUAUCAGUAUUCCUAUUAUCCUCGUCGAAACUAUGAUGGUGCUUAUUUUUGGUUUAAUGUUCGUGUUUGGGUUUAAGUACUCCAAUGAAUGUCCAAAACAACAAUUGCUGAUUAUUUAUCAUCUCAUUGGUGGUGGUGUCGGUUUCUUUUUUUGGCUAUGGUUAAUGUUGCGAGCAUUACGUCGACGACGAUUAGAAUCCGGUCUUGAAGACGACGAUGACAUUGACUACGACGCUCAUGUUGCAGAUAGUUCCGGUGGGCAAAGACUCAAAGAUAACGGUAUUUGGUUUAUGGAAUUGUUAGCCUUUAUCUUCAUUGUCAUUGCUUUUUCCAUGGGAAAUUAUUGGACAUGGUCCAUUUUCUGGCCAGCGAAAGACAUGACGGAAACUCAACCAAUCGAUUGGUGUAAUCACUCGCUGUAUAUAUUCUCCUUAGUUUCACUCGGAGUUAUCUAUGUACUCGUACUGUUUGUUAUCAUAUUCACCUUAUCAUUUAUUAUCUUUGCAAGAUACUGUGCUCGUGUUUUAAUUCAAGAAUGA